AUAUGCGUUCUUGAAAUGUGCAAGGUCAUCUAAUGUAUAUCUGUGUGAAGAGAGUUUUGUUGAGAAGCUGAAAGCCAUUGUCGGUGGCGACUUGGAGCUUCUGUGCAAUGUUGAUGGGCACACUUUAGAGGGCACUGUCUACAAGCAUCCUUUGAACCAGCAAGAGUUACCAUUCUUGCCUGGGGAGCAUGUUCUUCCUGGAAAGGGCACAGGUUUGGUUCACACAGCCCCUGCCCAUGGACAUGAUGAUUUUCAAGUGGCAGUGAGAAAUGACUUGCCACUGGAAUGUCAUGUGGAUGCUCAAGGUCGCUACACCUCAGGGGUCGACAGCUCAAUGGUCGGCAAAGUUGUGGAUGAUGAUGCAAAUGAAGCAGUUCUUUCUGCACUAUCAAAGAAUGUUCUUCAAGUGGAGAACUUCACCCACAGCUACCCCUAUGACUGGAGGACCAAAAAGCCGGUGAUAAUCCGGUCCAGUCAACAAUGGUUCAUCGAUGUCUCUGCUUUGCGGGACCAGGCUCUGGAAUGCCUGUCAGAAGUGAAAAUCUCACCGCCUCAGUCAGAAGGUGGCAUGGUGUCCCAGCUCCAGUCUCGUCCCUACUGGUGUAUCUCCCGCCAGCGGACGUGGGGUGUCCCCAUCCCUGUGUUCUACCACAAGGAGUCUGGGGAACCCCUCGUCACAAGAGAAACUGUGGACCAUCUGAAGGAACUGUUCAGGACUCAGAGCCCAGACUGCUGGUGGACUCUUCCAGUGUCAGAGCUGUUACCUGACCGACUACUGGCAGAGCUAGGCAAAGGUCAGAGUUCAGAUUACAGCAGAGGAGAGGACAUUCUAGACAUCUGGUUUGACAGCGGUGUCUCGUGGGCAUCUGUUCUCGCAGAGGUCGGAGGUCAAGCGGACGUUUACCUGGAGGGAAUCGACCAGUUCAAAGGCUGGUUCCAGACAUCCUUGUUGACAAGUGUGGCUGUUAAUGGCAGAGCUCCAUACAAGCAAAUUGUCACCCAUAGUUUUGCCACUGAUGAGGAGGGCAAGAAAAUGUCAAAGUCUGUUGGGAAUGUAACGGAUCCUGAGGAGGUCAUUAAUGGGGGGAAGAACAAAAAGACGUCUCCGUCAUAUGGCGUCGACGUGUUACGUUGGUGGGUUGCCCACAGCCAUCAUCAUCAGCAGAUUCAAGUGGGGCCCAGCAUUUUAAGCCGUUUUCAUGAAGAUGUCUUUAAGGUUAGAAAAUGUGUGCGCCACCUCCUGGGAAACUUGUUUGACUUUGAGCCAGGGGUUCACUCAGUGCCUUAUGAUGAGAUGACGGCAGUAGACCAGUACAUGCUCUAUGUGCUCUCUACCACCAUGCAGCAGAUAGACGAAGCCUAUGAGAGCAUAAGCUACCAUAAAGUCAUCCAAAACAUUGAAAAGUUUGUGUAUUCUGAUCUGUCAAGUUUUUACAUCAAUAUCACAAGAGACAGGUGCUACUGUAGCGACAUUGACAGCAAAGUUCGAAGGUCAAGCCAAACGGUUCAGUACCACAUUGCCAGGACUCUGACGAGUGCUUUCGCCCCAGUGAUGCCCCAUCUGGCAGAGGAGAUCUUCCAGUACAUCCCCGGUCACGAUGACGCAGAUUCAGACACUGACAGCAUCUUCAAGCUUGGCUGGUGCACCCCAGACCUGGCGUGGAAUAACCCUGAUGCCGCACACCGCCUGAUGCCCGUCUUUGACAUCCGGCGAGAUCUGUUGGAGGAGUUGGGGACAGAAAGUCCCGUGGACUUUGACACUUUAAUCUACAGCAGUCCUCAGCUGCACGACCUACUUAGGGAGCUGCAGCCUGAGACCACCUCGUCCACCUCCCCGGUGUGUGAAGUCCUACAGACGUCACAGGUGACCAUCCUGGACAAAGCUCCACGCUCCAUCCCAGACGAUGCUGUGAUACUGGCAGGAUCUACCAGAAUCCAGGGCUCAGUUUCAGACACAGCAGAGGAAGUAGAUUACAAGGUCCUCCUCAUGUCAGCCGCCCUGAACCUGUGUGAGCGAUGCCGUCGCUACACGGCCACAUCAAGUAGAGCGCCCUGUGAUCGUUGCAUGAACUCCCUGGCUGAUGACUGGGCCUCAUGACACUCAAUAACAAAUACUUAACUUACCAAAUGUUAUGUACAUGUACCUAGCAGUUUAAAUGCACAUUUAGUCGAGUUUCUCAAUGUUGAAAUUUCCUGACGUGCCAAGGCUCUGUUCUGAUAAGCCUGUUGUUAAUUUCACAGAUCUUGCUCCCUCUUGUACAGUUGAAAUUAUUGAUUAAUAAGAGUGUGCAUCACAAAUGGGUGAAAUGAGUGUAUGUAUUAUACCUCUCAGUUUAAUUUAAAUUAAAUACAUUCAGUUGAGCUCCUCAACGUCAAAAUCUCCUGACGUAGCUUGAUCUUGUGCUUGGCUGUUCUCAUAAGGCUGAUAUAAGCCUGUUGUUCAUUAACAGAUUCUUGCUCCCCAUCAUACAGCUGAGAUUAUUAUACAGUCGAAAUUGUCCAAGAUGGCCACCCAUUGUUGAGGAGAAAAGUGGUUGUCUUAGACAGGUGGACAUCUUGAAAAGUGUCUUUAUAAUGUAGAAAAAAUGCAAGGGGGUGGGGGGGGGGAGGAGUGGAAAAUGGUCUUUUGUACAGGUGAUUGUCUUCGAUGGGUGGCCAUGAGAACAGGUUUGAAACAAAUAAUUUGAACUCUCACGUGUGUUCAUUUUAUGCUCCACUGUUAUGAAGAAUUCCCAGAAGCAGAAUCAUGUCCAAACCUGUUUUCUUAGCCUAGAACUUUCCAAACUCUACUCAGUCUACAGAAAGCUUUAACUUGUUUUUCACCAUGCCUUAGUUGAUAGUGAUGUGGAAAACUUUGUGUAAGCCACACAUUUUGGUACUGUUUUUCUUUUUGUUCUCGAUUUUUUGUUGUUAUGAAACUAAUUAUAUCUUUAAGAAAUUAGUUUGUUUCAAAGACUGUCUCACAGUUUAAGUUGUAUAUCAAACACAAGUUUGAAACACAGAGGAUGAAUAAAUGUACUAUUGAUCAUACUACAUA